CCCGGAGCUAAAGCUGAGAGGUGAGUCAGUCACCUUGAGCGAGGCGAGUGCUGUGGUCCAAGCCGGGGCAGCAGGACAGUUGGAGCGCAGAUUGAAAAUAUGCAGACCACCGGGGCACUACGCCUUCCUCCAGCUCUGGUCCGCUGUUGUGCCAGGGGUCUCGUCAGGCCUGCGUCUGCCUCAUUCCUGAAUAGACCGGAGAUCCUAUCUAUACAGCCUUCCUACAGCAGCUCCCCGCUCCAGGUGGCCAGGCGGGAGUUCCAGACCAGCGUGGUCUCCCGGGAUAUUGACACGGCAGCCAAGUUUAUUGGUGCUGGGGCGGCCACAGUCGGUGUGGCUGGUUCGGGGGCUGGCAUUGGGACCGUGUUUGGCAGCUUGAUCAUCGGCUAUGCCAGGAACCCAUCUCUCAAGCAGCAACUCUUCUCCUAUGCCAUCCUGGGCUUUGCCCUGUCUGAGGCCAUGGGGCUCUUCUGUUUGAUGGUCGCCUUCCUCAUCCUCUUCGCCAUGUGAGGCUCCGUGGGGCGCCCUGACCUGUCCCUGCUGCUUCAGCUCCAGGCCAUGCCCCGCGCUGGAGUGUGCUAAGCGUUACCAUUAAACACACGUUUCUCUAAA